AUGGCAACUACAACAGCGAAGAGACCAGCCAAACGUUGCGAUGGGCCGCUGAGGCCACUAGGAGAGGCAGGAACAGGGUUUUCGGGGAUUCGGGACUGUCCACUGUGGCGUUUUCAGAAAGUGGAGGAGGCGGCGAACCUGGCGGAGAGGCUCAAGGUCCGCCCGGCGCGUGUCCCCGGGUCUCCCCGCACAGCCCUCACCACCAUAGACCUGCAGGACCUCGCUGACUGCUCUUCGCUACUCGGGUCCGACGCGCCGCCUGGUGGUGACCUGGCCGCCUCGCAGAACCAUUCCCUCCAAGCGGAAGUGGACUUCGAUCUGCAGGAUUUCAGAGACACGGUGGAUGAUCUCAUUGCAGACUCAUCCUCUAUGAUGUCGCCUACCCUGGCCAGCAGAGACUUCCCCUUCUCUCCUUGCGACAUGUCGCCAUUCGGGCCCUGCCUCUCCCCGCCACUGGACCCACGGGCUCUGCAGUCACCACCGCUGCGCCCUCCAGACGUGCCCCCGCCUGAGCAGUACUGGAAGGAGGUGGCGGACCAGAACCAGAGAGCGCUGGGAGACGCGCUCGUUGAAAAUAAUCAACUGCACGUGACGCUGACCCAGAAACAGGAGGAGAUCGCCUCGCUCAAGGAGCGGAACGUGCAGCUGAAGGAACUUGCCAGCCGAACCCGGCACCUGGCCUCGGUGCUGGAUAAGCUGAUGAUCACACAGUCCAGGGAUUGUGGGGCAGCGGCCGAGCCCUUCCUGCUCAAGGCAAAGGCCAAAAGGAGCCUGGAGGAGUUGGUCAGCGCUGCGGGGCAGGAUUGCGCGGAAGUGGACGCCAUCCUGAGGGAGAUUUCCGAGCGCUGCGAUGAAGCCCUGCAGAGCCGCGAUCACAAGCGGCCCCGACUGCAGCCAGAGCCCGCCAACACAGACACCAGGCCCGGGAACCUGCACGGCACCUUCCGGGGGCUGCACACCGACUGCAGCACGAGAGCGUUGAACCUGAGCCACAGUGAACUGGAGGAGGGCGGCUCCUUCAGCACCCCCAUCCGCAGCCACAGCACCAUCCGAACCCUCGCCUUCCCCCAGGGCAAUGCCUUCACCAUCAGAACAGCCAAUGGGGGUUACAAGUUCCGCUGGGUCCCCAGUUGAGCUGUGAUGUGGUCCCCCAAAACACUGCCCUGUAUUUCCACUGAAGUGCCUGGAGGCUUCCCAGAACUUUCCCUGCAGAGUGAAUGCCACCCUGAAACAUUUUUUUCAGGAACAUAAGCGUCUUGAUACCGAUGCACUGUAAAUGUCUGCUACAAAACAUUGUAUAGCCCUUCCCCUUGUCACAGUGAAACUCUGUAUAUAUGUGUAUGUCACAUAUGUCACAGCCAAUUUUAAAAGUAUUUAUUUUUAGCAGCUUUGAAUUAUGUAUUUUUAGAGCAGGGAGGGAUUUAGAAACCAUAGCUACUUUUAUAAUUAUAUAAUGCCCUAAUAUUAUAAGAAGGAAAAGAAGGCUCUAACAGGUUAAGUAAUUUCCUGCAAUGGGAAACACUGGAACCUUUCAAUCACUUUCACUAGUCAUUUAAGGACUCUAGGCCCAGAAGCCUGGUUUCUGGGUGAAUGUUUUUAUACAUCACUCAACUUCCCUCAGUCCUGAAAGGACACCUAAUUUUGUUACUAUUGAAAACUUUUAUUUUGGUGGCCAGAAUACGAAAUCGGGAGAGGUAACCUAAACAGUUGUCUUAGGAAAAGGCAGAUUCUGAGAGGCAAUGGGUUAUCAACAAAAUAGGUGCUAAGCACAUUUGUUUAUAAUGAUCAUUCAUAUAAUUUAGAAGAUUUAUGGUAAAGGUUUACAUUAAUUUUCCAUACAGUUCUAUUUGUGCAAAUAGAAUAACCACCUAAAAAGCAAACAGUGUUAAUGAGAAAU